AUGGACCACACUCCUUGGGGACUCAGCGAUGAAGGCGAACAGACUCCGGCGCCUACUCCAUACGCUAUACUUGGGCAAAUAACUGGUGCUGGGCCACGCAGCACGACAGCUUCUAGUUCGACCAUAUACGACCGCGAGUAUAUCCACAGAGCUCCCUCACUUGGGCGGCUUCCUUCUCUCCCCCAGUACAGGGAACGCAAGGUUGAACACACUUUGGACGACGAAGCGCAAAAGCGACAGAAUCUGGGUUCUGCAGGCUGGAAAUGGGCAGAGUCCGACGUCAAUGCCACGGCUAAACAGGCAGCUCAAAAGGAUGCUACUCCUUCGGAGCCACCUCUCGAACGCAAUGGCACAAAUACAACCACACAGCUUCCUAUUCUUACCAAUACUAUCCCCGUCCCACCAUUGCCUGCAGGCAUGACGGCCGCGACACCCUGUCUUCCGGGAAUCCCCUGGGAGCUACGCAAACAGAUCUUGGAUGAACUAUUUGAGUUUCGAGAAGGCCCUAUUGGGCCCUACUACUAUGCCUCUCACACGUUCUUCAUUCAACGAUUCUCGAAGAGUAUUCACACAAGAUCCGCGGAGCUAGCCUGGCUGCAAGGGCCGAACGCAGUAUUCCAUCCACCUCCGCCGUCCCCAGACUAUACGACGUGGCCGAUGGAAGAUAACAAUAAUCUGCUGGAAUACCGAGGGUUCCCGAUUCAGAGCCCGAAUGGAGGAGACCGUUGGCUCAAGACGAAGCUGAAGCUGCUCCGGCAGUGGGACUGCACGCCACGUUCGCUUGUGUUCAUGCUGACGAAGCAAUGGCUCCUUCGGUAUGCUUAUACUCAGCUCGACCCAGAGAACACUGUCAUUAUAAAUCCUGAAAUAUACCCAUACUCGGGCAGCCACCUCGGAGACCUUCAUGUGGAUCGCCAUGUCGAAGUCAUGAACGUCCCCAAGCGUACAUUUCGGCCCCUUAUUCAUUCGAUUGCCAUUAAUAUCUACCUGUCAGGAGCACACCUUGUUGAAGUCUUGUUCCAAAAGGUCGACGAUGUGUACUUGUUGCGCAAAAAUCAUAGCUUCACGGGGUUGAAGAGUCUCAUGGUUAAUGACUUCAUUGAGGAACACAAGGUUUGGGGACGGAUUCGAUCGAUUAACAUCAGCUUCGAAAAGUUCGAGAACGAGCGUGGGAUCAAAGACAUGCUGAAGGCCAUCUGCCCUCAUAUCCGGAUGUUCAAUCCGACAAACUAG